AUGUUAGACGCCAAAAUGGAAAACACUAGCCGAUCGGUCAGCGUGGAGGACUACGACGAGCUCAGCUCGGUGCCACCAGAUUUGCUCGGUGCACUCGAGAAGAGCACCGAAUUCGAAUGUCUCCUGCAAGCCCACCAAGAUGCAGAAUCCAAGACGCCGUUCGAUGGAUGUUCGGUGGACUUUGACCGGGUCCUGUGCUGGCCGAGAACGGAGCCCGGAUCCUGGGCGGUGCUGCCGUGCUUCGAGGAGUUCAAAGGCGUCCAUUACGAUGUGACUCAAAACGCCACCCGGUACUGUCAUCCGAAUGGUAAGUGGGACAACUACAGCCACUAUGCCGCCUGUCACCACACGUCCGAGCCGCCGCCGGAUAUUGUGGAAAUUUCGUCCAUCAUCUACUACACCGGCUACAUACUCAGCCUGGUGGCGCUUAGCCUCGCUGUGAUAGUUUUCGUUUACUUCAAAGACCUGCGGUGUCUGCGCAACACGAUCCACGCGAAUCUCUUCAUAACCUACAUCCUGUCGGCGUUGCUAUGGAUCAUCAUCCUUACGCUCCAGCUCACCAGUGGCAGCAACAGCGGCAUGACCAGCUGCGUAAUCUUCGUUACGCUGCUGCACUACUUCACGUUGACCAACUUCUUCUGGAUGCUGGUUGAAGGACUGUACCUCUACAUGCUCGUCGUGGAAACCUUCUCUGGCGAUAAUCUACGCUUCAACAUGUACGCUGCCAUCGGUUGGGGUGGUCCCGCUAUUUUCGUGGCGCUUUGGGCAAUCGCGAAAGGAAUAACACUGUCCGGGCUGGACAAAACGGACACGCUGGAAAUCGAGUGCUCGUGGAUGCGCGAGUCGGUCGUCGAUUGGAUCUUCCAGGGACCGGUCUGCGCGGUGCUGAUCAUCAAUCUCGUGUUUCUCAUACGAAUCAUGUGGGUGCUAAUCACGAAGCUACGGUCGGCGAACACGGUCGAGACGCGCCAGUACCGGAAGGCUUCGAAGGCCCUGCUGGUGCUGAUCCCGCUGCUGGGCAUCACGUACCUGGUGGUGUUGGCCGCCCCGGCCGAGGGGGUCGUUAGUGACAUUUUCGCCAUCGCUCGGGCACUACUGCUCAGCACUCAGGGUUUGUCGGUGUCGCUGUUCUAUUGCUUUCUGAACUCCGAGGUACGGCUGGCACUGCGGCAUCGGCUCGAGCGCUGGCGGGACGAACGCAACAUCCGUCUGGGUCAAGUGCGCCAGCGGAGUCGUCGCUUCACAAACUCCGGCUACAACCAAUCGAAGGAAUGCUCUCCACGGUCCCGAACGGAAAGCUUCCGACCGCUGACGUACAACAAGCGGGAAUCGUGCGCAUCGUCGGCUACGACCACCACGCUUCUAGGACCCCACACGUACCCGAGCACGGUGCGCGGUUCGAACGGGGCGCUCCACAUGCAAUCGAUUGCACCGCGCGCCAUCAGCCCAUUAAUGCAGGGCCUGGACGAAAACUCCGUCUAAGAGAGGAACCGAAUGGCACGGCGAUUCAUCGGAGAAACCGGACGAACGCAUCGCCCACCGGUAGCUGGUCGGCC